GGCUAUUCGCAUGUCAUCCACGUUCAUAUGACGGGGAAGGUGGUGCCGAGUCACUUAAUAUUCGUCAGGUUGCACAUUCAAAUAGAAGGCGUCGAUCACGAACGAAUAUUCGAAUCGGAUCGCAUGCUUCGAUACGUAUUCGCUUGGGAACCGAAAAACGUGUACAAGCAGACGGUAUUCGGUAUCGUCGAUGCAGUCGUUCUGAUUGGCUACGAGUACCGGAAUUGUGGCAGGAUAUUUUGGGAGAAGAGGACAGUGAGGAUGAGCGGGUCCGAGAUGUCCUCAUCAGGAAUGGGACUGUUCAACCUACACAUGCACCAUGCUUACAAUUACCGGGAUGGUAUUUUGCACAAAGGCGAUGGCAGCAUAAUGUACCUUAAGGGUCUUCUCUACCAGCUGAACACAGUUGUAGGAACCGGCAAAACUCGCAGACCAGACUGCAACGACUGCAGUGGUGAUGUGCACAAUGCAAAACUGUUCGCGCCCGUCAGCCUGGCCAGUGCCAGAGAUGGCAGCCUGGUGAUUGGAGACUACAACUUCAUACGGCUCUUCAAUGCUAACAGAGAUGCAAUCAACAAUAUACUGCAGCUAGACCCGCAGGAAUUUUCCCACAAAUAUCACAUGACCAUAAGUCCUGUGGACGGAUUGCUGUACGUAAGUGAUGCCAUCAACCUCAAGGUCAUCCGGGUGAAACACAUGGCGAGGUCAGAUCAUCUGAAAGAUAAUUUUGAAUACGUUGUUGGAACUGGAGAACAGUGCUAUCCAGGUGAUGCCGACAACUGUGGAGAUGGAAAGCUGGCCAAAUAUGCCAAGUUGUCUUAUCCUAAAGGUCUAGCCAUUGACAGGGACAACAUAUUGUACAUAGCUGAUGGGGCCUUCGUUCGGUACGUCGAUACACUGAACAAGAUCCACACGCUCAUCGGGUCGAACAAAUUCCCGGAACUGUGGAGUCCAUUCCCAUGUUCCGGAGCUCUUCCCGUAGAUAAGGUUAAACUACAAUGGCCCACAGAGCUCUCGAUCAAUCCGUUGGAUAACUCGCUGCAUAUCUUGGAUAACAAUCUCGUGUUUAAGUUGACGCACAAUAAUCAGGUGAGUUUCGACAAUGACGAUGACGAUAUUAAUGAGUGA